UUACAACCGAACUUUUGUAAACAUGGGAAAUUUCUUCUCUUACGUUUUUGCUCGUCUCAUUGAGAAAAAGGAGAUGAGGCUUUUAAUGGUUGGUCUGGAUGCAGCAGGAAAGACCACAGUCCUGUACAAACUCAAACUUGGUGAAGUUGUCACAACCAUUCCAACUAUUGGUUUUAAUGUGGAGACGGUUGACUAUAAGAACAUCUCUUUCACUGUUUGGGAUGUUGGUGGUCAGGACACCAUCAGACGUCUUUGGAGACAUUACUAUCAGAACACAAAGGGUUUGAUCUUUGUGGUGGACAGCAGUGAUCAUGAAAGAAUUAAGAAAGCAUCAGAAGAACUCAUGAUGAUGCUCCAGGAGGAUGAGAUGAGAGAUGUUGUUGUGCUUGUACUCGCUAACAAGCAGGAUUUACCCAACGCCUUGCCCGUUCACGAGCUGACAGAGAAACUGGGUUUACAUUCACUCAGAAACAAACAGUGGUUCGUUCAGCCAACAUGUGCUGUUCAAGGAUCAGGUUUAUAUGAAGGACUGGAUUGGCUCUCUGAUCAACUCUCAAAACGAUAACAAUGUGAAACUUUUAUUAGUGACCUAAACUUCCUUUAUACUGUAUAGUGUACUGUAUACUGCACAUUGUUAAUGCACUAUUGCAUUAUUAAUUCUCAGAUAUUUUGAUAUAUUAUUACAUUAUGUACAGUCUCAAACUAUUUUUUUAUUACUUAGAUAUUUAAGAUAUAAUGCAAGCACUUUAUAUGUUGUAUUUUUAAUUUACUGUAAAAGGAUGUUUUUUUUAUUACUUUGGCUUAUUGGAGAUCUUUUUGGUUGUUUGAAAUAUGCAUCUGUGCCUUUGAAACAAAUAAAUAA